GACGCACGGCACCGGAAGCCGCUCCCCUGCCUGUGAGGCUGCGGACUCAGAGCAGCGGCCGUAGGUCCAGGCGCCAUGGCUGUGGAGCGGACCCGGCCGCUGCGACGCUCUGGCGGCCCGAGCGCGCCUAGUCGGUGUGAGCCCGGCGCGAGGUCCCGGGCCCCGGGGCGCUCGCUCAGGUAAAUAUUUCCAUAACCUUAUGGAGAGAAAGGACUUUGAGACAUGGCUUGAUAACAUUUCUGUUACAUUUCUUUCUCUGACGGACUUGCAGAAAAAUGAAACUCUGGACCACCUGAUUAGUCUGAGUGGGGCAGUCCAGCUCAGGCAUCUCUCCAAUAACCUGGAGACUCUCCUCAAGCGGGACUUCCUCAAACUCCUCCCCCUGGAGCUCAGUUUCUAUUUGUUAAAAUGGCUCGAUCCUCAGACUUUGCUCACGUGCUGCCUGGUCUCUAAGCAGUGGCAUAAGGUGAUAAGUGCCUGUACAGAGGUGUGGCAGACUGCGUGCAAAAAUUUGGGCUGGCAGAUAGAUGAUUCUGUUCAGGACUCAUUGCACUGGAAGAAGGUUUAUUUGAAGGCUAUUUUGAGGAUGAAGCAACUGGAGGACCAUGAAGCCUUUGAGACCUCUUCGUUAAUUGGACAUAGUGCCAGAGUGUAUGCACUUUACUACAAAGAUGGACUUCUCUGUACAGGGUCAGAUGACUUGUCUGCAAAGCUGUGGGAUGUAAGCACAGGGCAGUGUGUUUACGGCAUCCAGACCCACACUUGUGCAGCUGUGAAGUUCGAUGAACAGAAGCUUGUGACAGGCUCCUUUGACAACACUGUGGCCUGCUGGGAGUGGAGUUCCGGAGCCAGGACCCAGCACUUCCGGGGGCACACUGGGGCGGUGUUCAGUGUGGACUACAGUGAUGAACUGGAUAUUUUGGUGAGUGGCUCUGCGGACUUCGCUGUGAAAGUAUGGGCUUUAUCUGCUGGGACAUGCCUGAAUACACUCACUGGGCAUACUGAAUGGGUCACCAAGGUGGUUUUGCAGAAGUGCAAAGUCAAGUCUCUCUUGCACAGCCCUGGAGACUACAUCCUCUUAAGUGCAGACAAAUAUGAGAUCAAGAUUUGGCCAAUUGGGAGAGAAAUCAACUGUAAGUGCUUAAAGACACUGUCUGUCUCCGAGGAUAGAAGUAUCUGCCUACAGCCAAGACUUCAUUUUGAUGGAAAAUACAUUGUCUGUAGUUCAGCCCUGGGUCUGUACCAGUGGGAUUUUGCCAGUUAUGAUAUUCUCAGGGUCAUCAAGACACCUGAGGUAGCAAACUUGGCCUUGCUUGGCUUUGGAGAUGUCUUCGCCCUGCUGUUUGACCACCACUACCUAUACAUCAUGGACUUGAGGACAGAGAGCCUGAUUAGCCGCUGGCCUCUGCCAGAGUACAGGAAAUCAAAGAGAGGCUCCAGCUUCCUGGCAGGUGAAGCAUCCUGGCUGAAUGGAUUGGAUGGGCACAAUGACACGGGCUUAGUCUUUGCCACCAGCAUGCCUGACCAUAGUAUUCACCUGGUCUUAUGGAAGGAGCAUUGCUGACCCCAGGAGCUACCACCGCUGACUGACUUUGGGUGCCAGGGCUGCGGGUUUUGGGUGCAAUGUCUGUGGCAGCCAACUGCAUGAACCAAAGUUCUCACCUAAAGGUAUCAUCACGCAGUGCACAAUCAUUUAUCUGUUUGCCAGGGCUGGGGCGGGGAGGGCUUGUUUUACUGACAUACACCGCAGCAUGCUAAUGGGAUACACCAUUGACUUCAUUUGUACUUAGUUACGUUGGUCAGUAUAAGAGAGGUUGCAUUUUUUGGAUUUAUCUUUCUGAGUGGAAUAUUGAGUAAAGAAAGUUAAAUGAUUCACUAAUCUGCUAAUUGGUUGCCCAUAAAAUCACAUGGAGUCUGUUAUUAAAGUUUUUUUCCAAUA